AUUGAGAUUAGUUGAUAAUUGUCCGGUAAUUAUCGUACAUGUUCCGAAGAUCAGUCUGUCAUUCUCACUUCUGAGUCUCAUUUUCCUUCUUCGUCUUCUUCCCAAAGACGGACUCUCCAGGUUCUUUUCCUUUCCAGCGCGCACACGUAACUCACUUUACACAAUUCAGCAAAGAUGGCUCAACAAACCACUCUUCAGGAGUUCAACUCCGUUUACCCCAAGCUUGAGGAGGCUCUUCUCGACCAUGCCCGCUCCUACAAGCUCCCUCAAGAGCAGCUCGACUGGUACAAAAGAUCUCUCGAGGUCAACCCUCUCGGCGGAAAAUGCAACCGCGGCAUGUCCGUCCCCGACUCGGUCUCCCUCCUCCUCGAGAAGCCUCUUACCGAGGAGCAGUACUUCCAGGCUGCUACUCUUGGCUGGAUGACAGAGCUUCUCCAGGCCUUCUUUCUCGUUUCCGACGACAUCAUGGACUCGAGCAUUACCCGCCGUGGCCAGCCCUGUUGGUACCGCCAGGAGGGUGUUGGCAUGAUAGCUAUCAACGACGCCUUCAUGCUUGAAUCCGCCAUUUACACACUUCUCAAGAAGUACUUCCGCUCUCACCCCGCCUACGUCGAUCUUAUCGAGCUUUUCCACGAGACCACCUUCCAGACCGAGCUCGGCCAGCUGUGCGACCUACUCACCGCCCCUGAAGACAACGUCAACCUCGACAACUUCUCCCUUGAGAAGUAUAGUUUCAUUGUCAUUUACAAGACCGCAUAUUACUCAUUCUACCUCCCCGUCGCCCUCGCCCUUCACCAGCUCAACCUCGCCACUCCCAGCAACCUCAAGCAAGCUGAGGACAUCCUCAUUCCUCUCGGGGAGUACUUCCAAAUUCAAGAUGACUACCUUGACAACUUCGGCAAGCCUGAGCACAUAGGCAAGAUCGGCACCGAUAUUAAGGAUAACAAGUGCUCUUGGCUCGUCAACCAGGCCCUGGCCGUGGCAACCCCUGAGCAACGAAAGAUUCUUGAGGAAAACUAUGGCCGCAAGGACGACGAGAAGGAGAAGGUCGUCAAGAAGCUUUACGAUGACCUCAAUCUUGAGCAGCGUUAUCUCGACUACGAGGAGAAAGUUGUCGGCCAGAUUCGUGAGCGCAUUGCCAACAUCGAUGAGAACGAGGGCCUCAAGAAGACUGUUUUCGAGGCCUUCCUUGCCAAGAUCUACAAGCGCAGCAAGUAAACUAAAAGCUCUGAAUUGAAUCAUAUCCAUACAUGAGUGCAAAAGAAAGGGUA